UGAAGGCAACAGGAACGACCACCUGAAAAUUCCCCAAAAGAGAUGUCUCCACCUGCGCUCCGCCCACGCUCCGCCUACACCACGCCCCAUAUGAAUAUGCAUGAUUAUGUACCUGAUCUGAUGUAAUCCUAUACCCAAAAUUGUAUAUAAGGCUUGCUUUUGCUAUGUGAACUCAGAAAUCCAUUUUGUGAUUUCUCCGACGCGUCGCAAAUAAAAUACCUCCUGCUUAAUUGACUUAAGUUGAGUCUGAUUAGGCAGUCACUCUGCCUGUUUGGGGCAAAAUUCGGCAUCAUUUCUGGCGAGCCAGGCAGGAGGUAUGGCACCAGACAGGAGAUCCAGGACUUGAGGGGUCCUCCCCGAGCCGGGUCCGGGGUCGGGACCCUCGGGCGCCCCUGACUAACGUUUGUCAGAAGAGACUCCCCGCCCCGGACCAGUGCUCUCGGUGGACGAAGAGUACCCUGCAUCUCCUGCUCCAAUUCAGAGAUUGGAAAUGUAUGUGCAUGAACUUGGGAACCCGGUAUUUCACGGUCUAUCGGCGACCUCUUGUGACCAAACCCGGUAAAACAGCCUGUUCUGACAUAAGACCAUAAGGUAGGAACCUCUCACCGUACGGGUGUGUGUGUGGAGUGAGUGAGACGCAGCAUCGCUGCAAAACGAGAAUGGAGUCCCGAUCCACAUUUCCUGGACGAAGCGAAUGGAAAUUGUGUGAAUGAAGUGUUAAGGUAUAUUGGCAUAUGGUACUUGUGGAAAAGAGCACGAAUACAGAGAAUAGCCAUGGGAAGCCAACAGAGUAAAGAUAUAAAUAUGAAAACCCCUUUAGGAUGUAUCCUAAGACACUGGAAGGACCUGGGAGGGAUUCCAGGGGGAAACAUAAGUAAAAAGACACUUUUAAAGUAUUGUACACAAUGGUGGCCCCUGUACCGUCUUGAUGACGGAGAAAAAUGGCCACCAGAGGGAACAACUAAUUAUAACACUAUUUUGCAACUAAUACUCCUCCUCCGCCGGCUCAAUAAAUGGGAUGAAAUAAUGUACGCAGACAUGUUCUUCACCCUAAGGAAUAAACCUGAGUGGCAAAAAGAAUGUGAAAUUAACGUAGCCCCUCAGGAUCCCCUAGUACUAGCCCUGGAAAGGGAUAAGAAGGGUCCAAAGCCCAAGGAACGUUGCUGUGAUGCAUGUAGUGGAAAUGAGAAAAAGAAGGGUGUGGAACCUACCUGCUUUUAUUGUCAUAAAAAGGGGCACCUGCAAAGAAAUUGCAAAAAGAAACAGCAAGAUGAGAAAACUUCUCAGGAGAGUCAGAAAGGGCAAGGGUUUUGUCUAACGAAAAAGAUCGAAUUACACCUAGAAGAGCCCUUGAUAAUAAAGCUAAAAGUAGGUCCUCAGAGUGAAGAAUUUGUAUUUUUAGUAAAUACAGGAGUUUCUCGGUCAACAGUGACAAAAUUACCCCAGGGAUGUGAAGUGAGUUGUGAGCAAGUUUCAGUAGUCGGAAUUACAGGAGAAGCUUUCCCUGUUCCUAUAAUAAAAGGGGUGAAAAUUGAAACAAAUAACAAAUUUGGAGUAAAUGACUUAUUGUUGGUACCAGAAGCCGAGGAGAAUAUGCUAGGCAGAGAUCUAAUAGUAGCCCUAAAUUUACAGAUAAAACCCUGUGAAGGAAAACUUGAAAUCUAUUCUUUACCUAAAGAAGAUGAUCUAGAAAUUGAUGACAUGGGUUGGCUUUCAGGUGAAGUAGAAAAGUUUAGAGUGAAGGAGUCUAAUCCCUUUAGUCCCUCCUGGUCAGCGCAAGCUUGUGGAUUUUAAAAGGGCAAAAAGGGGGACUAUUUAUACAGACUCCAAACAUGCUUUUAGUGUAGUACAUACUUUUAGAGAAAUUUAGAAGGAAAGGAGACUUAUAAACACUCAAAGGAAGGGGUUAAUAUAUGAGGGGAUAGUUCAUAUAAAGGAACACCAGAGGGGGAAGGGAUAUUAAAGUCAGAGAAAUAAUUUGGCUAAUAAAGAAACAAAAAGCAACCUUAAGAAAGAGAGAGAUUGAAAUCAUGACCUCACAAAAAAAAAAAAAAA